AUGACGGAUCCCUAUACUCUACUCUCAUCAUCCUCCAGACGUCGCCUUUCGCCAACCGUACUCAAGAUGGGCGACAGCGCAAAUCACGCUAGGGCCCAGAUGGAAGAUAUUUUCCCUACGAGGGGUAUUCUGUUCCCUACUGGCGGGCGUCUCAACUCUCUAAGAGAUGCCUUACUCAGUUUCGACGAAGCCGCAUAUGUUUUAAUACAAAGGGCGCAAAACUUCAUGGAUCUGCUUCGUGCUGAAGGUCCGUUCAGCCAGGACGAUGCCGAGUCCAUCUGCUCCGUGCAAGCCAGGGCUAUUGAGAUCGUUCAAGUUGCGAGACUCGUACACGAUGCGGCAAUUCAGGAUAUUGUUAGACAAGUCGUUUCCUUCGGCGACAAGGCCUCCUUCAACGUAGACGCCCUUCUUGAACAUUUUAAGAAGCCUCUAGAGAGGAUUGUACAGGAGAUAAUUCUGGAAGCGCACAGCGACGACAUCCUUUGGAAGAUUGCUGAAGAAUGUUAUCAUCAAGCUACAAGGCCUUCUGGGAAUCUCAAUCCAGAGAAUUGUCUUGCCACUAUCGCGCCCUUACAGCAAGAACAGGAAAAAGAGAAUUGGGUCAAAUUCUGGAUCCAGUUACUAUGCAACUGCCCUGAUGGUCCGACACUAUUUCGACCAGAGAACGACUGUGUUUUCGGCGACUUGGCCAAAAGGCUUCCAAAGCACAUGCCACGACAUCUGUUCCGGGCAUACGAUGUCAACAGCACGGGUUGUAACAACGAAGACGUCAUAGCGUCUGUAUUCAGCCAGCACGAUAAAGCAAAUAACCAUAGGAUCGAUAUCUUCUCAAUGAACUAUCAAGAGGCUUCGGGAAUGCUGCAUCACCAUUUGGACAGGGGCCUUUCUAGUCCUUGGGAGACCGACAACCUUGUUUCGUGGAGCAGUUCUCUCAUAUUUGCGAUUCAGUAUGCAAAUUGGAGAUUUUGCAACCCGCCGCGGUUCAGUCGCCCGAUGGAUAUUCGUAUCUGUGCCGUAGAUACAUCGAAGUUCCCACGGGGGCAGUUUGCAAGAGAUAAGUGGUUACUCAACUGCUUCAAGAAUACGGAAUUUUCGGAUCCAGAGAACAGCUUUCGUGAACUUCGACUCAAUGAAGAUCAUGACAACGGAGAGUACCUUUCGCAGGGUGUCCUUCAUAUUGAAGACCGCUCUGACACCCUAUCCUUGCGAAGUCUGGAAAACGCUGGACUGUGGAAUUUGUACCCAGAGUUUGGUAUCAGCGUUGUGGAACGUGGGGGCGGUGAGACGGACGUGAGAAAGCUGUGGACAGAUUAUGACAAGGCACUUCGAUGGCAAUGGCAAUUCAAGAAGAAAACAACAAAAGCGGACGUACAUAUUGCACUGCAUAUUGCAGAGGAAUGUUUCUCGUCUUUCGACCAGGAUGAUCUGGCGUUGUUGCUACUCUGCUUCCGCGAACGCAAACUGCACCCGGAGAAGCCAUCGUUUCAGGGUCCAUUUGCAGACUUACUAUCUCCCGUGUCAGCUGAGGGUAUAGUAUACGAGGAACCCAUAGAGGUGGAUCGAUACUUGACGCUGAGGAAACGGUUGUCUAAACUAAGCCAGUCGUCAGGGGAACGUGGCAUCAAGCUAUUUGAGCAGCUGUAUGUGUUGGAAGAUGCAGACGAAGACUAG